GCGGGAAGAAGGGUGACAUGUAGGUACGCUCCUGCCUGUGCCCACGGCUCCCGGCUCUCCCCUCCAGGCCAUGCAGGACCCUGCCCUGCUCCUGCUCCUUCUCCCAGCCCUGCUGUCCCCAGCCGGCGCCUCUGACCCAGGCCAGCCCUGCCCGGUGGAGAUGAACAAGGUCAAGGACCUCCUGGAGGCGAACUGCACCGGGCAGGCUCUCAGCACGGUGCCCCCAGACCUGCCUGCGGACACGGGCAUCCUGCUCCUCAGUGCCAACCGCCUGGUGUCCGUCUCCAUCAGCACCUUCCUGCGCCUCGCCCAGCUCCAGGACCUCGACCUGUCCGACAACGGGCUGGUGGCUCUGCACACCGGGCCCACGCUGCCGUCCCUGAAGGAGCUGAUCCUGUCCCACAACGCGCUGGGGGCCCUGCCCGUGCUGCAGGGGCUGCCGGCGCUCACCCGCCUGGCCGUGGCACACAACAGCGUGGCCACGCUGGCGCCGAGGGCUUUCCUCGCCGUGCCGAGUCUGCAAGACCUGGACCUGCGCGGGAACCGGCUGCGGACGCUGCCCCAGGAUGUCUUUGCAGGGCUGAGGGAGCUCAAGGACUUGGACAUCUCAGAGAACCUCCUGGAGAAGCUCCCCAAGGAGCUGCUGCAGGAUCUGCAGGACCUGGAGACCCUCUGGCUCUCGGGGAACCGCCUGCAGAGCCUCCCCCCCAACUUCUUCCCUGAGGGCCACAUCUUCAUGUACGUCUUCCUCACGGAGAACCCCUGGCAGUGCGACUGCAACCUGCACUACCUGCGGGGCUGGAUCUGGCAGAACGAGGGCAGCGUCUACCAGCCGGAGCGGGGCCUGGAGAAGACAAAGGUGGAGGUCGCCCCCGAGAGGGUGCUGUGCCACAGCCCCGCCGAGCACCAGGGGAAGCCCAUCAUCCACUUCAAGCCCAACUGCGGCAACGUGGGGGAUGAAGAGGAGGAGGAAGAUUAUUAUGGUGAUGGGGAAGAAACGGUAGAGAAAGCUGCCACGGCCCCCUUCUCCCCCCAACAUCCACCCAUCCCCAAAGAGCACACUACCAUGCCCCGUGCUGUUACGUGGCCUCCCCUCAGCACCCCAAGCACUUCACCCACAAACCCCAGAGCUCCCAGCACCACCACUCCUGCCCCAGCCAGUCCCACUGUCACACCCACACCGGCCCCCAGUACUGCCACCAUUGUCACUGGUGCUCCUGCCAGCACCCCGCACAGAGCCACCACCUCACUGCCAACUCCAAUGGUGUCCACUGGUACAUUUCCCACCACCUCCGUGGCUCUGCCUUCUACUACCAUGAUAGAGGCCUCUUCCGUUGCUGCAUCUUCAUCUCCACCUCUGAUGUCAACCACACUGGUGGCUUCCACCACUCAUGCCCCAACGCUGGACACUACAUGCUUCACGCUGCCUGCACCUUCCCCUCCACCUGCCCCCCUGCCCCUGUGUCCCUGCUCCACACCGGGGCUGGCUGUACCAGUGCUGCGCUCAUGGGCAGGUGAGGAUGGUCUGCAGGGUAGGCACUGGGUGCUGAAUCACUGCUGCCUCUUGCACUGGGUGCUCUACCUGGCCUCCUUGGUGCUGCUGGUCCUGACUGUGCUGGCCCUAGCAGGCUGGCUGGCAUGGAUGUGCCUGGUGGGAUGGCCCUCCUGGCACAAGUCCCUGCAGGCACAAGAGGUUCAGUAUCUACUGCUGAGGGAGUCAACAGGAAGCCCUGCGAUGCACCUCAGCAGCUCCAAAAGCCACCUCCAGCGCACCACGUUCUGUACCAUCAAAGAAGUAGAGUUGUACCCUCAGGUCACUUACUGCACAAUUAAAGACCUGGGGAUACGGUGCAGUCCUCCUGCAAGUUCUUCUUUCUGCACCACGAAGGACCUCUGUAUCCACCAUAGUCCUCUGAAUGCUUCAUUCAAGUCUUUCUCCAGGAAGCUGAUGGUCACAAACCUCGGCUCCCUGAGGACCUCUUCUGCUUACAGUCUGGACAGCGGUGUCAAGGCCAUUGGUGAUGUGAGAGUAAAAUACGCUGGCAACAGCUUGUAAAUGCUUCUGUACAUUCAGCAAAAGAGAUGGAGGAGGGUCAUGACUCUGCCUCAUGUACCCUUGUUUUACAAGGGCAAGAUCCGCUUGCCCGGGAGGAAGCCAUCCAGCUCUUUCCUCUAGUGUUACUCUCACACACCCUGAGGUUUCUAGAUCUGAAAUAAUCACUUAGGUACUUGCCAUGGGGAGAAGAUGUCCUAAACUGGUCAGUGAUAGUCUGGGGAUGCCACUGCCUGGUUUCGGAGUAAGUGUGGGAAAGCAGAGCUUGCUUUGUCCUCUAUGUCCCAACUGCUUCUGCCCAAAUGAUGCACAUUAAGCUGCGUGAUGCUUCCAACUUGGUGCUCUUAAUCACAGAAAAUAAAUAUUCCCUUUGCCUGAGUUUCAAA